AUCAAGCGCUUGCUGUCAGCGCUUCGCGCUAUAAAAACGGGAUUACCUGUAUUUAUGUGUCAUUUAUACGUCAACCAUUGCUGAAAAUACAUCAACGCUAUCCCAGUUGAUUUUUGGUGUUCAUUAGCGUCUUUUUUGUUAGUUUUUCGAGAACUUCUUGAUAAUGGCCGAUUCAGAUGAUGAAUACGAUCGCAAACGUCGCGAUAAAUUCCGUGGUGAGCGUAGCUCGGGAGAUAGCUAUCGUUCAGAGCGCCGAGAAGACCGUCGCGGUGGUGGAGGCACAGGCGGUAGUGGUCGCGAUGAUUGGGCGGAGCGUAAUCCCUUCCGAGGAGGUGGUGGAAGUGGUGGCAGGCCUAGGCCAGAUUAUCGAGAGUAUCGUAGCGGCGGUCGCGAACGUUACGGUUCCCCUGGUCGGGAAAUGCCUCCCGCAAAACGUAUGCGACCAGACUGGGGAGAUGAUAUGCGUGCAACUCCUCGUUAUGGAUACGACCCCUAUCUUAUGCAUGCUUGGAAUGAACACUAUGCUGCACAUAGUUACCAUGGCGGUUACGGUGGUCAUGGUCAUGCCCCACAUGCUGCUCGAGAGUCACAAAGCUCCAGCGAUUUGCAAACACAGCCAGCGAUGCUUACUCUAAAACAGUUUUUAGAUACACAGGAUGAUGGAAUUUCUGACUCGGAAGUCUUGCGAAAAUAUAGUGAAUAUAAAACCGAGUUCAAACGCCAACAAUUGAACGAAUUUUUCGUGGCUCACAAGGAUGAGGAAUGGUUCAAGAAUAAAUAUCAUCCCGUGGACAGUGUUAAACGCAAGGAAGAGCAAUUGGGCUUCUUGAAGAAACGCGUUGAAGUUUUCAAUGAACUUUUGGAAAACGGCCAAGUGAAAGCGGUAUCAAUUGAUACAUCACAAACGGAUCCCUUGCUGCGUCUGCUUGAUACGGUGGUUAUCAAGUUAGAAGGCGGCACGGAUGAUGAUUUGAAAGUUCUGGAUGAAAAACCACGAGAGUACACGUUUCCGGAUAGAUCAUUCGACAAGAAGCCAGAACAUGAUGAUGAUGUCAUUAUUACUUCAGUAGGCAAGAAACAUGAUGAUGAUGAAGAACCCAAAGUCGUGUCCCCACGGCCUAUACGACGCGCACCAAUGUCAGACGAUGAAGAGAACUGGGACGUAGAAGACGCUGAUGACAAUAAAACAACAAAUAACAAACAUGACAACAAAAAGAAUAAUUCCGACGACGAAGAUAAAAGUGAUGAAGAUGAAAAGAGUAAAGACAAGAAGUCCUUAAAACGGAAACGUACCAGUUCUGAGUCAUCAUCCUCAUCGUCUUCUGAUUCUGAUUCCAGUAGUUCUAGCUCUAGUGACGAAGAUGAUGAUGAAAAAGUUAAAGACAAAUAUGAUUUGGGUAGUGUAAAAGAAGAAGAGAAAGUGACAGAGAAGGUUGAAGUGACAGAGGACCAAGAGAAAGUAGAUGAAGAUAAACCAAAAGAAGAGUCAAAGGAGUUAGAAACUGCACCCGUUGAAAAUGUAACCAAUGGAGAGGAGGAGAAAAAGUCACAAGUGUCACAAAAUGGUAUGGAUACAGAAGAUUUGUCUGUAGAAUUAGAAGAAAAAGAUAAUGCAGAAUCAAUUAGUGAAAAAAUUGAGUCUGACAAAGUCGAUGAAACAUUACCUGAAGAUGCAGGUAUGAAAGAAAUCACCUCAAAAGAUGAGGAUUCCAAGAAUGAAGAAAAUAAAGAAGACCAAAAUGAUGCAGUUUCUGUCGAAAACAAGGAAACUAGUGAAGAAAAAGAAAAAAUGGAUACGGAUGACCAGCCUAUCGAUCUAGACAAGGUAAAGGAUGGUCCGCAACCUCGUGCACUACAUCGUACUUCGAGUAUUUUCUUGCGAAAUCUCGCGCCAUCGAUUACCAAAGCGGAGAUCGAGGCUUUGUGCCAACGUUUCGAUGGAUAUCUUCGUGUAGCAAUCGCAGAUCCCUUAGUGGAUCGCCGCUGGUACCGUCGCGGCUGGGUAACAUUCAAACGAGAUGUGAACAUCAAAGAAAUUUGUUGGAAUUUGAAUAAUACUAGGCUGCGGGAUUGCGAAAUGGGCGCAAUUGUGAAUCGCGACCUAAGUCGGCGAGUGCGUCCAGUAAAUGGAAUGACAGCGCAUAAAACUAUUGUUCGCGCUGACAUCAAAUUAUGUGCGAAGAUCGCGAUGAAUUUAGAUGAGAAAUUCAAACUAUGGGAUAAGAGUCUAGAGGGAAACGCAGAUCAAAACAUGGAGAACUGCAAAGGCAAUGAUGACGCCGGUGCUUCUUUUGGUUUCAAGUCGAACAACCCAGUUUUGCAAAAUAUCACGGAUUAUUUAAUUGAAGAAGCUUCGGCUGAGGAAGAUGAAUUACUUGGCAUUUCUGGUGAAAAUAAAGAAUCCGAAGGUGAAACCAUUGAGAGAGAUGCACAACUCAUUACGGUGCUGGACAGUCUAAUUUUAUAUCUUCGAAUUGUGCAUUCCGUUGAUUUUUACAAUCACUGUGAGUAUCCUUACGAAGAUGAGAUGCCAAACCGUUGCGGUAUAAUACAUGCACGAGGCCCGCCGCCAGCAAAAGUGCUACAGAAUGACAUACAGGAUUACAUUAAGAAUUUCGAAAGCAAAAUGCAAACAUUUUUGGCGAAAACGACGCCCAUAGAUGAUGAAGAGCUUAAGAAUUUGGGAAGCAAAGAUGCAGAGGCUGAAGUCGAGAAAUUUAUUCAGGCGAACACGCAGGAAUUGGCAAUAGACAAGUGGUUGUGUCCGUUAUCGGGCAAGAAAUUCAAAGGACCCGAAUUUAUACGGAAACACAUAUUCAAUAAGCAUACAGAGAAAGUUGAAGAAGUGCGCAAGGAGGUGGAGUUCUUCAAUAACUAUUUGCGGGAUCCCAAGCGACCACAACUCCCCGAACAUGCCAGUUCCAGUAAGCGAACCACUUCGGAGUCGGGUGGUUUUGGUUAUCGAGCAUCGGGAUAUCCACCGGCAUUUAUGCCACCAUAUGCAGCUUAUGCGCCGCCGAUGAUGAUGCCCGGUCGUGGAGGACGUGGAUUCGGACCUGGUCGCAGAGAGCCAAUGGACCAACAACGUCGUAUUAUUGGUUAUCACGACUUGGACGCGCCCGCAAAUUUCGAUAUGUUCGAAUAAAUUGUGUUGACUCGUAGAAGCACUACAACAACAUACAACUGCUAUAUUUACACGCCACAUUUCAGUUAAAAAAAUCAAUAAAACAAA